AUUCAAAAAAACCCACUUUUCGCAUCACUAGCUCGAUUUUCAGACUUACGUGUUAGUAAAUAUCAAAAUUAAUAAAAAUUAGCUUAAAAGCAGCAUAUAGCAAUGGUUCAAUUAAAGACAGUACUUGGUAAAUUCUUCGAUGAAUACCAGAACAACACUCCAAAGAAGCUCAAGAUUGUAGAUGCAUAUUUAGUGUACAUUUUAUUGACCGGAAUUUUGCAAUUCGCUUAUUGUUGUUUAGUCGGCACUUUUCCAUUCAAUUCCUUCCUUUCUGGAUUCAUUUCGACUGUAAGCUGUUUCAUUCUUGCUGUUUGCCUACGUCUACAAUCAAAUCCACAAAAUAAGGCUCAAUUCAUUGGAAUUUCACCAGAACGAGGAUUUGCAGACUUUAUAUUCGCUCACAUUGUCCUUCAUAUAGACAUAAAGGAACAGUAUAAAGCUAUGGACGAGAAAUUAAUUGUUGUCACUGGAUAUGGCAUUUUUAAAGGUCACGAAGAGAAGAAUGCGAGCUGGGAAGCAGUCCAGUUACUUCCAAAUCAGCUUAAAAUUGAUGAAAAAAAUUACAAAAUAGAAAAAAUACAACUUGCUGUUGAAUAUGAUGAUGUUGACAAGAAAGUUGAUGAGAUAUGGUCCAAAAAUCCUGAAUUAGUAAUACAUGUUGGGGUCAAUGGAAGUGCGUGCAAGAUUCUUUUAGAAAAAUGCGCCAAGAAUGGCUUUAUGUCGAAAGAUUUUUGCUCUAAAACACUUUGUGAUCCAGUUGUGUGCCUUAAAAACUCAGGAAAGUGUCAACGGCUAGAAACCAAGAUUGAUGUUGAUAAAAUAACAAGAUCACUUAAUGAGACGCACUGUAACAUGUUUACAGCAAGUAGUGAUGUAGGACAAUACCUUUGUGGAUACGUGUACUUAAAAUCAUUAGAUAAAGAUCCAUCAAGAGCACUUUUUGUUCAUGUACCAUGCAUUGAUAAGCCUUAUAAUAGUCAAGAUACAGCAACUGGGAUAUUUAAAGUUAUUGAACAAUGUCUGAGUACACCUAGAAUUUAAUUAUUGCUUCAAAUAUCCAGUUUUAAU